UCAGGGGAUUAGACCUGCGAGGGCCGCGCUAAAACACGCGCGCCGAGUUUGUCAGUCAAGAAACGUGAUUCUUCCGAGAUUUAUCCGAUUUUGGGACAGGUGCAUUUAUAAAAACAAAACUCAGAAUCGACUACCUCCCCACCACUCCUCGCCCAUAUACCCAGCUGAGCCAGCUCUUGCACAAUUAGUGCGUGGAAACUUAACGAGCGAGGUGUGAAAUUCAAGCCGGGGCAUGAAUUGAUACUGCAAAAGGAGUCCGACACGAUGAAACCGCGACGGGGGCGGUCAAAAUAUUCUGGCUAACCCCGCUGCGCGGUUCAAGCUGCUCUUAAUGAGGACCGGGAGCUGGCAGAAGCAGAAAGAAAAACAGUCUUCGGAAGUGAUAAGAGAAACAAGGAAUUCUGAACUGUCCCGGCGUCUGGAAACUCAACGCGGCACGGGAAAAGCACUUGGCAACUCCGAGGAGUUAAAAAACUAGCAGCAGCAACAGAGAACGUGCGGCAGGGGACCGUGAGUGCUGGGCUCACCUGGAGACCCGACGUUGUAAAAGGUCACCGACUUUACAGAGUGGUACAAGGGCAGCCGGGAGAUGUCGGGCCGAGAUGAACCUCGACCUCUUCAAUCAUGCUGGGGAGAGGAAUGCAUAGAAUCCUGACUUCCCUCCAUAUUUCCAAGGCUCAGAACAGGCAAGUCUGUGAAUCUUGAUAUUCCAGGUGGGAGGCUGGGAAUCGAGUUCAGAAUUCCGUUUGGAGAGACGGCCAAGCCGGGUUCCGUCUGUCCCAGCACUACGGCUUUCCUGCUGUCAGCGUCGGCCACGCCAUAACCACUUAAGGUCUUUGAACAUUUCUCAAAGCUACCCUGUGGAUGAUGCUUGUUUAACAAAGCCUCACCAGCACUCGGAUGGGGUUGUGCUUGACUAUGGGCUGGGAGCUGUGCUGAGUAACAGCACCGAGAAGGGAGCACGUGGAAACCAGCAGGCAGAACCACACCCCCCCCCCUCCCUCAAAUUCCAAGGCGUAAGCUGUCAGGAAGUGGAGCCUGGAAGGCGGGCGUUGGGAUCCCAGCCAUGGCCGAGUGGGCCUUCCUCAGCACCCUGUUUGACAGCCUGCAGGGCCACUCGCCCCUGCUGGGCCGCUUCUGGAUGCUGCUGAUGCUGGUCUUCCGCAUCCUGGUCCUGAGCACGGUGGCCGGCGACAUGUUCGAGGACGAGCAGGAGGAGUUCGCCUGCAACACCCUGCAGCCGGGCUGCAAGCAGGUCUGCUACGACAUGGCCUUCCCCAUCUCCCACUACCGCUUCUGGGUCUUCCACAUCGUGCUGAUCUCCACGCCCUCGCUGCUCUUCCUGGUGUACGCCGCGCACCUCAGCAGCAAGGGCGGGGGGGGCGCGGCCCGGGAGUCGCGCCGCCUGCGGCUGCUCUACCUGGUCAACGUGGGCUUCCGCCUGCUGGCCGAAGUGGGCGCCCUGGUGGGCCAGUGGUGGCUGUACGGUUUCACGCUGGAAGCCCAGUUCCCCUGCCAGCGGUUCCCCUGCCCCUACACGGUGGACUGCUUCACCUCCCGCCCCAUGGAGAAGACGGUCUUCCUGCGUUUCUACUUCAGCGUGGGCGCCGUGUCGGCCCUGAUCAGCCUCACGGAGCUCCUGCAGGUGUCCUACAAGCUGGCCUGCUCCUCCGGCCAGCUGGGCCGUCGCACCUACGGGAGGGAGAACCUGCGGAACGCUGCCCACGAGGCCGCGGGGCAGACCCUUUCUCCGGACCUCGCCGGCAGGGCGAGCCCACAGCCCGGGGGCAGCCGCAAGCCGGACCCCCGCUCCGGCUCUGUCCGCAGCUCAGCGAGCUCCAGGACCUGCAGUAGCUCCAAAUGCAAGACCCACAAAGGGUCCCUGGUGGUGUGAAAAUGGGUGGGAGGUGCAGAUAGGAAGAAUAAAGGCGGGGGGGGAAACCCCCAACACUCUGACCCACUGACUCACCGCAGCAGGGUUUUGAGGAUCUGGUCUGCUUCAAAGAAACUUUGUGUUAGGACGUGCUUUUUUUUUGGAGAAUGGGGGAAAAAAAGGACAGAUCUUUUUAUCGCCUGCCUUUGCAUCGUGCAGACUCUUCCUCCAGCCUUGCCAGCAGCUCGGCCCGGGAGCUCAGGGCCGGGCUGGGCUGGAGGAGGGGUCUGCGGCCCCCCCAGUGCCCUGGAUCACAGCCAUGCCCACCGUGGUCUGGGCAGGGUCUGGGGGGCACAGCUUGGCCUGGAGGAGGGGUCUGAGGCCCCCCCAGUGCCAUGGAUCACUGGGCACUGUGGUCUGGGGGGGCACAGCUGGGCUGGACCUUGUACCUGGAACCCCUGAGCAGGGGGCAGAGCAGAAAGGCGCAUGUUCCUGCACUGUGCUCAGAAAUGCAGGAAAGGCCCGUUUUAUCAGAACAAGACUUGGGAACAAGUCAGGCACCUCCAGGGGAGUAAUGGACUAUUUGUGAUGGUUUAGGACUGAGGAAAUGGAUUAGGAGACAUACUUGUGGGCAAAUGAAAUGCCCAAAUGUCUGUUAACUGGAAAUUUCUUCAGCAGCUCUGACAUGACCGUUCAGGCAGUGUGGGUACGGAGCUGUUAUAAGUGAGAUGUAUUCGGCAGUGUUCGUUUGCAUUGUGGGACAUUCUUCUCAGUGCUGUCGACUAAGAUUAGUUCUGCUAAAAUGAUUGCUCUGUUGUUAAGCCAGUGAAUUUUCUCUUAAACUGACAAAGCACUUCUUGGGA